GUUUUCAUUGUAUAUGUCUUUAUUGAAGUUUCCAAUCAGCUGAGGAAUCAGUUUCGAAAUGGGAAGCAGAGGUAAUCGUGUGGGAGAAAGAUGGAAUGAGAUGGAUUGUGAUGAGAAAUCGAGUGUGAUUCAGGAAGAGAUCAAAAGAGUUGGUAAACUUCCAUCAAACAGUGUUUAUGCAGUUCAUCGUCUCAAGGUUCUCAACAAAAUCAACGAGCUUUUAUCUGUCCAAAGAACAUUGUCUCAAGAUAAGGAGUUGGAAUUGCUCUUCACACAGCUCUCUUUGUGAAAUCCAGUGUUUGAUUGUGAUUAUACGUCUAUUUACUAAUGUAAUUUCAACUUUUUACUCAAGAUUGCUGGUUGAUCAAUGACAUGGCAACAGGCUCGUUUCUUAACAAGUUGGUGUUUAUGGGUUUUUAGUUUUCCUUAAGGAUAUGUCUCUGUGUGGCACUUAGUGGUUGACCAUCACAUCAGAUAUGAAUAAAUUGUGUUCACUCCA